AAGCUUUCACAGCGGACGUUCUUCCCGGUGCUCCAACAUGGCGGAGCUUCAGGAGAGAAAUGUCAAAAGGCAAGCUGAGCGCAUGUGCCGGUAAUAUUACUGUAAACAGCUGAACCGGCUCUGGGACACACGCUGAUCCUCUCCCAGGACAGAAAUAAAGGCCGAGUCAAGGCGUGAUGGUGGGGUAUGACCCAAGCAGCACCGCCCUCUCUCCGGAGGACGCGGCCGUGGCCGGAUCAUUAGCAGGCUUUGUGACCCGCGCCAUCAUCAGCCCACUGGACGUGCUCAAGAUCCGCUUCCAGCUGCAGGUGGAGCGCCUCUCUUCCUCCAGGCCUGAGGGGAAGUACAGCAGCAUGAUGCAGGCGUGGCGUUGCAUUCUGGGAGAGGAGGGAAUGUCUGCGUUCUGGAAAGGCCACGUCGCUGCUCAGAUGCUCUCCGUCUGCUACGGAGCCGUGCAGUUUGCGAGUUUCCAGGCGCUCACUGAGCUCGUCCAUAAGAGCACAUCCUAUAACAGCCAAGCGGCUGGUAUUCACUUCCUGUGUGGAGGAAUGGCUGCAUGUUCUGCGACCGUGGCCUGCCAGCCACUCGACACACUCCGCACACGCUUCGCUGCUCAGGGAGAACCCAAGGUUUACAGGAGCCUCCGUCACGCUGUGAGCACCAUGUACGUCCAGGAGGGGGCGCGCACCUUCUACAGAGGCCUCACGCCCACACUGGUGGCUGUGUUCCCCUACGCCGGCCUCCAGUUCUUCAGCUACAACAUCCUCAAGAAGCUGCUGGAGCGCGACGGCAGGAUGUCUAAAGGUGGACUGCAGAGCCUCGUGAGCGGCAGCGUGGCCGGAGUCAUCAGUAAAACCCUCACCUACCCCUUCGACCUGUUCAAAAAGAGACUGCAGGUGGGCGGGUUCGAGAAGGCCAGAGCGCACUUCGGACAGGUCCGGACGUACCACGGAUUCCUGGACUGCGUAGUGUGCAUCGCUCGAGAGGAAGGACUAGCCGCCUUCUUUAAGGGUCUUUCUCCCAGUCUGAUAAAGGCGGCCAUGUCCACCGGCCUCACCUUCUUCUGGUACGAGUUCUUCACCAGCACCAUCUCCAACCUGAGGAGGAGGAGCUGAGCAGAACGGUGCGUCAGGACGAGGGAGAAAAGCUGCUACAGGAAACAGGAAGCCGAUCAGGACGUGUGUGUCAGGAUUAUUAGUGCUAGUCGUCUUAUUUUAUAUUGCAGUUUUGUCAUUUUUAGACCAUUUGGUACUGAUCUCAGGACGCUAGCUUAAAACACACACUCGGCUGUUUUUUUUUGUUUUUUUUUUCGUCUCAUCAUGUGUUCACUUGUAAAUUGUUCCUAUGACAACACACUCACUGUUUUUAAGUGGUUACAUCUGAGAGAACACUGUUGCUAGGAAACUUGUGUAGUAAGACUCUUUACUAUAAAGCAAGGCUAAUGAUUUAGCUAGCUGGUUAACAGGAAGGUGCAGUGACGUCGGAGAAAUUACACAGAAAUAUCCGGAACGUCAACAUUUACCUCAGAUAUGUUGGUAAAUUACUAAAGAAAAAGAUUUUAUACCACUGAAAUUACACUUAUUUACACAUAUAUAGCAAAUACGUUGACUGCUAACUGAACUUAGGUUACUUCAUACUGACAAAUGUCAAAUUUCAGUACAACUCGAUUAUUUCUACGAUUAGUUUUUCUUGCUGUUUGCGGGGAUGCCGGCUUGCUAAUUAGUUAGCGUGCUCACUUUCUGGUCUUCUUCUUUCUAUUUAGCUAUUUUGCGAGUGCUUGCUAGUUCGAAGUCUACAUUAAAGAUCUGUUAGGUUCAGAUCGUCCGAUAUCGCUACGCAUCUCGUAUCUAGUCAGCUGUGUAAAUAUGUAAGAGUGGGCGGGGUUUAAAGGUGCACUAUUUAACGUCGUUGACUUUGUUUGCACUGUAUACGAGGGUCAGAUCGCUUGUUUGCUCUACACGCACAGAUACAGUACCUCAUCAUUUUAUAUCCGUUUUUAUCGACAAGAUACACUUCAAACCCUGAAACUGUAACGUGAACUUUGUGUUUAACGUGAUCGCCAAAUAUUUAUACCGCAGCGUGGAUCAUCUCUGUACGCUAACAAGUGCCUACGGGUUUUAUAUUUAUUUAAGUGCUGUGAGUGGAUUCUAGCUCGUUUUAGGUCAUUCGUUAAUUUUUUUUUUAUUAUUAUUAUUAAAGUGUGCACUGGGUUAA